AUGUCGUCCAAGUUCCUCUGUCUCCGCGCGGCGCGUCUCGCGGCGCGUUACCCGUGCCAUCGACGAACAUUUGCUUCAGCCGCCGCUAGCCGCACCGACCACGUUCGCAUCGUAGAAGUCGGGCCACGCGAUGGACUGCAGAAUGAAAAGCAGACGGUGCCCCUGGCCACAAAGAUAGAAUUGGUCGAGAGGCUGGCUGGCACUGGCUUGGCCACCAUCGAGGCCGGCUCCUUCGUAUCGCCAAAAUGGGUGCCACAGAUGGCCAAUUCCACCGAUAUACUCGAGCAUGUACUUGACCACUCCCCGCAAUCACCCCGACCAAUCACAUACCAAUGGCUCCUGCCAAACGUCAAAGGGUUCGACAAUUUCCUCUCCACCUGGCAGUCAAAGUCUCGGCCGCCUAUGCAUGAAGUCUCUAUAUUCACUGCCGCCACCGAGUCCUUCUCCCAAAAGAACACAAAUUGCUCGGUAGCCGAAUCACUCAAGCGUUUCGCGCCAAUCAUGUCCAAAGCAAAGGAAAUGAACCUCAACGUCCGCGCAUACAUUUCCGUCGCCCUCGGUUGCCCGUUCGAAGGUCCAAAUGUGGACCCUCAUAAAGUUGCAGAGCUGGCCGUGAGCCUACUGGAGAUGGGUGCUGAUGAGAUCUCGGUCGGAGACACUACGGGCAUGGGCACUGCACCCAAAACAAUGGAGCUGCUGAAGACCUUGAACGCUGCUGGCGUGGACAAGAACGAUCUUGCCAUGCAUUUCCACGAUACAUAUGGCCAAGCGCUAGUCAACUCGGUCGUGGCUCUCGAGCAUGGCAUUCGUACCUUUGACGCGGCAGUAGGUGGUCUUGGAGGUUGCCCUUAUAGCCCCGGUGCAACUGGAAAUGUUUCUACCGAGGACCUUGUUCACUGCUUCCACAGCUUGGGUGCUACUACUGGUGUUGAUAUUGAGAAGCUUGCAGAAGUGGGUGCGUGGAUCUCGCAAGAACUAGGAAGGCCAAAUGAGAGUCGAGCUGGAAAGGCAACACUAGCUAAAGUGCGGGAAGCACCUUGAAGUGUUUGAAUAAAGAUUUUACUCAAUUAUCACAACUGCUACCUAGUCAUGAGCAAUCCAACCGUUAUGUAAAUAUGUUCAUGUUUCUCAGGAAUAAAUAUAGCCC